CGCGCGCGAAAUGAAAUAUAGCGAAACACAAGCAAUUCAACAUUCCCGCCAUCUCUUCCUCCUCUUCUUCUUCCCUUAAACCCUCCAAGAUGCGACCCGAAUUCUCCAUUUCCUCUUCAUCUCCCAAACCCGAAAUCGAAAAUGGAUCUUUACGACAUCGCCCGAAAGCUUGGCCUCUCUGAGACCAAACAUCUCGUCCGCAAAGCCGCCGAGCUCCGUCGACUCGCCGAUGUACAAUUCGAUUCCUCCGUCAUUGGCGUCGGAGAGAUAUGCAAGGCUAUAAUUUGCUUAGAGAUUGCUGCUUCUAGGAUGGACAUGGUGUUUGAUCGUCAGGCAGCGAUAAAAUUGAGUGGGAUGUCUGAGAAGGCUUACAACAGAUCAUUCACUUCAAUGCAGAAUGGAAUUGGAGUAAAAAACAAGCUUGAUAUUAGAGAAUUGGCAAUUCAGUUUGGGUGUAUCAGGCUCAUUCCCUUUGUUCAAAAAGGUCUAUCAUUAUACAAAGACCGGUUUCGUACAUCCUUGCCACCUUCUAGAAGGGCAAGUGCUGAUUUCAGUCGACCUGUGUUCACUGCUGCUGCAUUUUAUCUGUGCGCGAAAAGGCAUAAGCUCAAGGUUGAUAAAAUGAAGUUAAUUGAACUUUGUGGCACAUCAGAACCUGAAUUCGCUAGUGUUUCUACCUCAAUGAAUGAUCUUUGUUUUGAUGUUUUUGGUACAUCAAAGGAGAAAAAAGAUCCCAAGACAGUGAAGGGGAACCGAGAGCUGCUAGAUGCAUUACCUGAAAAAAGGAGGGUUGAAGACGGUGGCUAUUCAUCCGAGGAGGAUAAUUCAUCAGCUUACAAGAAACGCAAACGUAUGGACGAACAGGCUUAUGAGGAAUGGAAAUCUACUGUUCUUGCAACAAAAAAUCAAAGUGGCCAAAAAGCUCCUAAACAAACCAAACAAGCCCGACUGGACUUCAUGAUGAAAGUUCCUGAAACUAAAGUUCAAGCUACAUAAUUCUCAAUUGUCCUUUUCAAUUAGACAAAUUUUAGUUGAUUUUUUCAAACAGUGGAGAACAUGAUCUGGAAGAAACUUCCUUUUGGUUUCUUAAUACCAUAGUUUACCUUUAAAAAAAAAUAAGAGAUAGUGGUAACUGGUAAGCCGUCCAUUUGGAUUAAUCUUCUAUUUAACAGCAAAGUUUCUCUGUACAUAUAUAGAUUAUUCUUAUUGAAUUAUCAUAGCACAUGCUUAUGAUAGCUUAA